GGACAUAUAUACCGGGGUAGAUUUAACAGUCAUAUGAGAGGAAAUAAUUUUAGAGGCAAAGAUAGGAGAAUAUUUCAUGUAAAUAACUCGGAUGAAUCAAAUAGCUCAGAAAUCCCUUCAAAGAGUGACACGUUUUUUCGUGCCUAAAAAUAUGGUAUAUAAUUACUAUAACAUAUUUUCCUUAAAUGGCUUAAAUUUUGUAGAAUUUUUCUUUAAAAAUCAUAAAUUAAUAUUUCUAUUAGAAACAGGGGCUAGCGUAAGUGUUAUUUUUAAAAAUAGGAUAUUUAAUAAUGAAAUAGUUGAUGGUACAAAGAAAUUACGCAUAAAUGGUAUAUCUGGGUCAGUAGUAUCAUCUGGCACAGUGGAUAUUACAUUACAAAUAGAUAAAGUAAAUAUUUGUCUUGAAUUUCAACUUUUAGACCUUCAAAUGCACGGUAUCUUUAUUUAUUUUAUUUAUUUAACAGAAAACAAACAGGUUUUAUAACCUCAUUACAUGUUCUCCUAAGAAAAAUGAAACUACAACUAAAUGCAUUUACCAAUGCUCCCAAUAAAGUUAAUAUAAAAGAGGAAAGAAAUAAAAAAUAUAUACGAGUAUAAGUACAAAAACAAAAAUAAUUUACGAAACUUAUAACUACUUGCAUCUACCAAUGCUCC